CAACGGCUCCGGAGUUUAGAGAUCAGUGAAAGAUGAGGAGCUGCUCUCUUCCACUGAGCCGAGGCAGAAGGAAUUAAAGUUCAACAUCAAAUCUGGGUCGCGCGGACAAUCGACAACUCAGCAAUGAAAUGUAUGUCUUCCAGUGCGCGUUUCACUCUCAACUAGACCCUGACUGCGAGCAUCCCACGCUGAACACGGUGGAUCUGCUGACACUGGACUCCUUGCUCACUUCUGACAUCCAGUGUCAGCAGCCGGCGCUUUGAAGAUGAUCAACCCUCAGAUAUACCUCCACUACAACUACACGGGGAAGCUGGACCACCGGCCGACCACCGGCACAAGCCCCGGCGCCCUGGACACCAAAACCAUCGUGUUCCUCGUCAUAUGCAGCUUCAUCGUCCUGGAGAACCUCACCGUGCUGGUGGCCAUAUGGAGAAACCACAGGUUCCACAACCGCAUGUACUUCUUCAUCGGCAACCUGGCGCUGUGCGACAUGCUGGCUGGAGUCGCUUACCUGGUCAACCUGCUCCUGUCAGGAGAGAAGACCCUGCAGCUCUCCCCCGCUCUCUGGUUCGCCAGAGAGGGAAGCAUGUUUGUAGCACUGGGCGCCUCUAUUUUCAGCCUCCUGGCUAUUGCCAUAGAGCGACACCUGACUAUGAUCAAAAUGAGGCCUUAUGACGCCAAUAAGAACUACAGGGUGUUUCUGCUGAUAGGGACCUGCUGGCUGAUCGCCAUAACUCUUGGGGCUUUGCCUAUUCUCGGCUGGAACUGCCUGGACAACCUCCCCGAUUGCUCCACGGUUCUCCCUCUCUACACCAAGAAAUAUGUGGCUUUUUGUAUCACAGUGUUCAUGCUUUUGCUCUUAGCCAUGUCGGUCCUCUAUGCCCGCAUCUACAUCCUGGUUAAGUCCAGCAGCCAAAAAGUGAGCAAGAACAGGAACUCUGAGCAUGCAAUGUCCCUGCUGCGCACCGUCAUCAUCGUAGUCGGGGUCUUCAUCGCCUGCUGGACGCCCAUCUUCAUCCUGCUCCUGGUGGACGUGGCUUGUGAGCAGCGUUGCCCCAUCCUCUACAAGGCCGACUGGUUCAUCGGCCUGGCCGUGCUCAACUCGGCCAUGAACCCGGUCAUUUACACCCUGGCCAGCCGCGAGAUGAGACGGGCCUUCCUGGGCCUGGUGUGUGGCGUUUGCUACAGGGGGAAGGCCUCCACGACCGGCAGCGGGAACAGGCAGUCUCUGGAGCCCAGCCGCAGCAGGAGCAAGUCGUGGAGCAGCCAGAACAACCCCAACCAGAACCAGCAGAGCGUCAGGCGGGCGGAGCCGGAGAAGGGACGGGAGACGGAGGUGUCAGUGGUGACAGGAGGUGCGUCUCAUGCCGUCAUUGAGAGUGACGGGAAAGACUGAACAAAGGGAACAUGACACGAACAGUUGGAAGUUGAGGGUUGUCCCAACGUGUGAGCUCGUGGGCUUGUGCAGUUAACUGGGGACAAAAGGGAAUUUGAGUUGUGAUCGAUUUGAGAAUGAAGGAUUUCUUAGACUGCAGGGCAGUGGUUUCUCCUUUGUGCUUGUUAGUGAUAUAUCUGCAUCAUCCAAAGUUUGGCAUUGGACGGAUCAAUGCGUUAGGCCAAUAUGUUCGACGAGCACAAUCAAUACCACCUCUUUGUGAAGUACAGGUCAUAUUUCAUCACCGUCCAGUGAGAAGCACGUACCUCCAAAUUUGGUCAGUUUUACAGUUACCUGAAGGAUAAACUCUUUAUUGGUUGAGAAGCUAAACCGUCUAAAACAGUGUUGUAUUAUAAAAGAAAUGCAGCGUCACACGGCUGAAAAGGUUUUUUCUUUUGUCAUGCAUAGUGGGCAUUUUGGAGGUAUGAGGUUUUCACAGGACAAUGACGAUUUGCGAAUGAAUGGUACUCUUAACCUUCAACACAUCUGUAACUAUACCUCUGUGGUUACAGAUGUGGCAAUCCAAGACAAAAAAAAUAAAUAGAAAAAUCACCUGCCAUGAAUUAAAGUGCAAUUAUAGUUCUGCGAAAUAAUGUAAUGAAGAAUGUAGACAAAAUUUACUGUAAUGACAAACAAUGGAAGUUAUUUAUUAUUCUAUGCAGUCUAUUCUGUAAUUUUGUAUUUACUCAGAAGUAAUGGCAUUAUAAAUUGUAUAUGUGAUGUAAAGGAGGUAAAAUGCUGGAGAGUCAAACGUGCUACUCUUUUCAUUAUAUCAGCAGCAUCUUGUUCAUAAAGAAAGAACAUCUGUUAUCACUACAAAUAAUGAAUGGAUGCUGUUUAUUCAACAUCAGUAGCUUUAAAGUGAUACCGGGGCUCCAUCUGCUGGUUAACAAUGGUAGUUAAUAUCCUUAAUGCUGACUAGAUAUUUUUUAUAACAGGCUGCAUGAUAAGUACAGAAUCUCUUCAAUCCUCAUUUUAGUACCAAAAUGAAGUCGUUGUGAGCGUCUGUGUUUUAUCAGAUUAUUCCAGAAGUCAACACGAUCAACUUUAAAAGCAUGAAGCCGGUAAACUGAAGGAAGAGGCAUGUGUGAAUGCAGCGUGUGAAAUGGAAGUAGUUCACUACUGUACAUGCAGCUAUCUAUGUGAUACAAAAGUAUUAGCUUUGACACAAUAAACCUGGUGUUUCCGGUAGUGCAGUUCUGUCCUUGUUAUGUGCACUGUCUUCCUUGUUCCUUUGAGGAAAAUAACGUCUAGGUUGAUUCACGCAAAUUACGAACAAAUGUGUGUUAUUUUCUCACUUAGUGGUAUCCGGCCAAGCAGGUCGUUUUGUUUACGUCUAGGUUUAGAGUUACCCGCUUUUGGGAUUUCUGCAGCCACCACAAUAUAAUGGAGGUGAAUGGAUUGUUG